ACAGCAGAUCAGAACAAACGCACCCUGACGAUGUAAAACCUCUGAUGUUAACGAAGAAGUCCUGGGGAAGGUUGUCAUCAGUACUGUGGAGAGGACUUGUUCCUGAAACAUCACAUGCUGCUAUGGACAUUUUUUGAGGUAUAUGAAAUAGACAAACACAAGCGAAAAAAGCCUGAUGAUUUUUUAUUUUAUUUUAAAUGUUAAGGAAGUAGGUGUCAGCUAAGCAGCUACAGAAACAGACCUGUUUUUACAAUUUCAUCAAAUAUGCACAGUAAAUUAUCAAUUCCACUGUCAAGUGUAGUUCUGCUGUAUUUUUUUAAAGUCAUAUUUAAGGGCUGUUUUGUCUUUAUGAGAUUGGACUGCUGAAGAGAGACAUGAAAUGUGGGGAGUAGAGUAAGAGGGAAGACAUGAAGCAAAGGGGUCAUGGCUAAGAAUCAAGGACUGCAACCUCUAAAUGUGGGACUGCCUCAGACUUGGUUAGACUGAGAUAUAACUACAACAGAGCGAUGUGUAACCAGCUCAACUUUGACGGUUUUCUACGUGAUUUAUCUCCUUAGACUAUGAGGUUUGUCAGGAUUCAACAGGUAGGAAACCAGUUGUUUGGGGUCAUUCCUAAUAUCUACAUAAAUAUCUUUAUAUAAAUAUUGUCCUGCCUCUAUGAUGGCUCUUAUACACCUGUUGACAAAACACUUUAAACUCAGGGUCCACUUGGCUGGUCUGUACUUCAGUUGUUUGUUUAGUAAAUCCUCAUUAAAUCACUCAUCAGGAAGGUCAGAAUGACAAGUAUGGGAGGACUUUAUAAAGCGUUUGCAAUCAUAAUCAUUACAUCUUUUUAUUUCUUGUUUUUUUUAACCUUCCUUCUGUGUUAGCCUUCACCACGCACCCGCAUUCUCUAUCAUCCAAUUUGGUUCUCAUCUCUAGGUUCCCUUGUUAGGCGUCAUUAUCCAUGAAAAUAUUGCUUUUUUUAGUUUUUGUUGUGGGCCUCUGGACCUUUCUUUGUCAGUAUACCCCUCAUACAGACAUCCAUACUGAAUUGAUCUCACAUGUCUGGAGAUGUCUGUCGUUGUUAUUUUGUGCAGGUAAAAAUAUGGCAAAAUGAGAAUUUUCUAAAUCUCACAUGAAUGGAAGAGGAUCUGACUGUCAGUGUAGUGCCUGACAGUGCACUUAUGAUUUUAAUUUUUGCUCUAAUUAUUAGAUAUUAAUCUAACCGGGUCAAGAGCGACCCUAACACAACAAGUUCCAUAAUUUUAAUAAGAGCAUUUUAUAAUUAUUUUGUUUUUAUUUUGUUGAAAUAGAGGUUUCUGACAAAGUCAAAAAGUCUUGAUGCAAAAAAAGCAAAUUUACAUGGUUCUAUUGAGCAUUUAAAAUCAAAAACCGGCUGUUGCAGACCCUAACACAGGAGGAGGGAUAACAAAAUGAAAAAGUGUUAUGAAUUUGACUAUCGAGGCAGACUGUUUUCUGUCAGUCUAAUUCAGAAUCAGGAUUUCUUAACUUUGGAGUUAAAGCUCUAAUCAGUUUGUUUUCUAAAAUCCUGGAAAGGGAUCAGUUUGAAAGAGGACUAUGUGAUUUAUCUGCAUUUUCCUCAAGUGUCCAGCAGAGGGCGUGAGAAGGACAGAAGAUAAAAUGAGUACAGGUUUAAACUAAAUUGUGGUGAUUUGAAGGACUGUCUAAGAAAUUACAACAAACUGAUGGAAAUACUGAAAACUGUCUUUAAGACCGAAACCAGAGCAGAACAACAAACAGAAAAGGGUCGACAAAGCAAAACUUUUUCUGAUAUUAUGAGUUCAUUUCUGUAAAAAUAAUACAUUCAUAGUGUUAAAUGUGUUUUUAAGUGCUAUUAAAGUGUAAAAUAGAUGAGCACAUGAACACAUGAAUCUAAAGUUGCUGACUGCGUCUCCUCCGGUUUAACGUUCAGCUGGAUUUCCGUCUCUUCUGCUCACCUUGCAGGAUUGUACAGCUCACCCUGUUAUGACAUAAGCAGGCCUUUGUUUUCAUAAAUCUGAAUUAGGCACGGCUGAACUGAAUCUGCCUCACGCACACACACACACACACACACACACACACACACACACACACACACACACACACACACACACACACACACACACACACACACACACACACACACACACACACUCAGUCGGCUUUGGCUUGACUCUGAUGCAUGAAGGAGGCUUUCACACCUGUCUGAGUGUGCAUGGAUUUACAAACAGUCUGUCAAAUAUCACAUGUUAACUUUUGCACUUGAUUAUUUGUGUGAUUGAGGUUUUUAUUGUCAGCAAAACAAUAAAACAAUAAAACACUUGUGAAAAUAUUUUUAUAAAAUUAUUAUCUGGCAGAUUUUUGCAGAUUCUAAUAAGGGUGAAAUUUGCUUCUUUGUAAGAGUUGCAAUUUAAUUAAAGUCAAUAGAUUUAUCCUCUAAGGACUACAAGUACAUGUGGCAAAUUUCCACCAAACCUCUCUAAUAAAUGUUGAGAUGUUCCCUGACCAAUUGGCAGAAAUGGCAUCUAUAGCUUCAUGCUGACGUGAAUGAAAAAAGAGCAAAUCACUCAGAAAUAUUGAUUCAUCAGUUAUUUAAUUGAGCUGACUCACCUGUGGACUUAUCAUCUCACCUUUACCUCCUUCAAUCAAAGGUCAGGCCUGGAGCCUCCUGACAUUUCACCGGCACUUCUGUUGAACGUGACUUCAGUCAAACAUCUUUUAAACAGGGAUGCAUGAUAUAACCGCCAUGAUAAUUGCUUACAGAAGUAAUUAUUGUUAUGAGCUAUAGACUGUGUAUACUAUGGACAACUUGGCUCUGCCUUCCGUCGUUAAACAAAUUUGAGGCAGAAUUGUACGUAUUCACCUGGAGAGUCGCUGAGAGUCGCUGUGAUGACGCUUGGCUCAAACAGUGUAUCCCCUGGGUGAGCUACGUAGUCUUUGUACGCCUAUAGGCUGUAUCAAGUGUCAACCAUAUAAAACAGGAACCUCCUAAUAACUUUAAAAAAUGGAGCUGUACAGAAAAAAGAGGACUUGAGCACAAACCAGUUUUACAGUAACUACAUGUCAACAUCACAACCAGGGGGGGAGAAAAAUUUAUAUUCUGUGAAAUAAAAUUCUAAAGUUUGUCCACAGCUCCAUAGGGAUUGCUGGAGGAGGCGGGAUUUAUGACUUGUACUGCAGCCCGUCACCAGAGGGUGCUGUUCUCGUGGUGGCUUCACCCAGCGAGGAGGCAGACGGCGUCCAUUCAAUAUACAGUCUAUGGUACGAGCAGGUAUGAAAAGUGAUGCAAAAAUUCUGUGACAGCUCACAUUUGUGAAGUAUUUUGAAGCGUCAGACACAGGGGGAACUAAAUUUCAUGUACCUUUUGUUCAGCAUUCAUGUGCACCAUACUAUGGUUCUGUAACAAAACCUGUACCUUUACUCCUCGAUUGUAGACAUAAGUGAAAAGUAGAUGCUGCGGGAUCUCAUAUUUUGAACGGAAUUGAGUUAUCUCACCAGCGAAAGUUGCUCUCGGUCGUGUAAUUUUCUCAAACUUUAUAAAAAAAGACUUUCAUAUUAGAUGUUAAAUGCCAAAACUGCAAGCAAAUGUUAUCACAGGGAGAAAAUUUUUGUUUUAUAACUUAGAAAAAUCUGUUUAGUGUUUAUUCAAAAUCAAAACCAAAAGACAUCUGGAGACGAAACCACCACAAACAUAUGUUGGUAUAAAUUCUGCCUGUCCCGCUCUGUUGACUGAGCUGCUGUGAUUUGUCAGACUCUCCUGCUGACACUGAUAAACAGCCCUCACACUCAGCUGAAAUUGAAUGUUAAUAAAAACUUAAAUGUAGAAUUUCAAUUCCUCAGGUGUUUCAAUAAGAGGAAAAUUGCAUUUCUUAUCUCAGAGAUGGAGUCUUGUUGAUACACUUUGAUGCUCAGACUUGUGCAGGAGGGUGCAGGGGUGUGAGGGGAGCGCACAGGUUCGGGGUUUCGAUCAUAUCGCUCUGAGUUUAGCGCAAAGCUCUGAAUGGCGUCACUUCCACCCGCUGACGUGUUAGACGUGCCGAGGCAAGAGCAAUCUCUGACUCCAUCUGCAGCUGUGAGAUGAGAAAAAGGUUAUUGGAUUUCUGUUCAGAUGUCAGAAAAAUAACUUAUCUUAAACUUCAGGCUUUAUUUCAUACAUGACAAGUCACAUGAAAACAAUAAAACAUGAAGAAUAACAAAAUAUGUGGCUGAGACAAUCAAAUAAGUGCAAAGGCCUUACAUCUUAAGGCUCAUUUAUGCUCAAUGUUACAUAUGGAUCUGGAUACGGACGGAGCUCUAUGUCUGUGCUUCGUGUUCUUUUCGUCUGUAUUUCUGUACGUAUCCUUGACGUUUCCAGAUUCGGGCCAGACGGAGCAGUACCACUGGAAACCAGGGGGGGCAGUGUUGCUGCUGUGUGCUGUGUGACUUGUGGUGCUGGAUGUGGGGGGCCACCCAGAGAAGCAAGUUGUCCAAUGCCCCGGUGGACAUCCUGAAGUACUGAAAAGGACAAUCGUCAACAAUUUCUCUCAUCGGUACGACUAGAGAAAAGAAUUCUCCGACCUCCAACUGUGAAAAAUUUAUUGGCCCGACCACCUCCUCCAAAGCUGCCUCCGUUUCUGUCUCCUAUGCAACAAAAAGAAUAUACAUUAUCACUAGCUCCUCCACAGUCACCAUGUUUCUUUUUGUUUGUUGUUGUCAGAAACAAAAGUACGAGGGCAGUGAUGGUACCAUCAUUUGAAACAGAUGCUUACAUUUUUAUACGUAUGGCGAGCAUAAAUGAGCCUUUACACUUAUAUAUAGCCUAACUUUAGGUUAACUUGAAUAAACCUAAAAAGUGGGUCUUAAGCCACUUCACAAAAAGCUAACCUGUCAAUAACGUCAGCCGCGCUUUUGAUUUGCCGAUCCCAAAACCCCAAUAUCAUUAAAUUUUUGGACCAGGCUUUUAAACUGUGUUUGGUUUUUGCUCUGACACUGAAUCAGUGCAUCCAUGGUUUCAGUGCGUCUGCAGCCUGCCUCAAGUGGACACUCUAGGAACUGCAGUUUUUAGCACUCCCACAUCAGCGUCAUCUCUGGCUUGAAUUAUAAAAAGUGUGUCUGCUAUUUUCAGAUAAAUUUCCCUGAAUAAAAUUCACUGAGGGGAUAAAAAGGAUAAAUUUGUACCAUCAUCUGCAGCUUCCAAAUUCAGAGUCCAGCUGACCAUAAGUGGUGCUGCAGCUCGUGAUGAUGCGAACACUUCCCCCUGCGUAUUUUUAACUACUCAUUUGCUGAAGUGGAUUUUAUUAUAUCAGAGACUCCUCACAUAACUUUCAGAGAAACUCGGAGCUUAGUGAAGAUGGGAUAAAAUAAACCUCUCAGGGCUGAAGUGAAGAGCGACAUCCAUCUCUGCAAAUAUGACCAGAAGUCAAAUACGAACAUCACUUAAGGGGCAUUUAAAAUGAGAUGUCUGCAUGCAGGUAUUUAGAGCCAAAAAUAAAGCGCACUUAAUGCAUUUUUCUAUUUUUGAAAUCUGAGUUGAUAGAAAGCUUACUGUGACACACGAACAUGUUGUCUUGUACGACUCCCCACCACUAGUGAGAAUAACACCGUCAUCCAAUUUCUGCAUCUGAACUGAGUGACCUCUCCAGCAGCCCGAGGCACCUGCAGACCACAGGGACAGCGCUCAGACAGGUGGACGUGUUCACAGUGUCCUUGACUCUUAAUGUAGAGUGAAUUUAAUUACAACCUGCACAACAGUGAAGUCUUUAUUUUCCUGUUUUAGAGUUAAACAUACUGACUAGAUAUCUGGAAAUAUCUCUUCUUCAGCAUAACAAGAGGUAUUUCAGUGUUUACCUUUACAUUUAGCACAACUAACUAUACUACAGACUGAAAGUACAAUGCUAUACCAACCUGCAUAAACUGGGCUUUGUUAUUAUAAUACAAAUAUUUCACAAGGCAGUUGUUGUUACCUCUUCUGUACAAAAAUCAGUGGAACAUCCUUAAAAAAACAUGUCUGGUAUUAGAGUUUUCUCACCUCCUGUAAAAUGAGCUGGACUCCAGCGCUGAAGGCCCCGGGGUCUGUUUGAGCUGUGUCACCAAAGGAAGGCGUUAAAGCAGCUUAUUGAAUGUGAAGGGGAGGCAGUGUAAGUCACAGCAGGUUGUUCCACAGGGGACCUGUUGUUAUGGCGUGAACAGUUUUACUAUCGGACAGUCAAACAGCUACAGACUCACAUUCAAUAAUCGUCCUAUAAAGACAAAACUGUGAACGCAAAUCUAAUCUUAAAAAAGCAGCCUCUUAUACGGCACAGUAAAUGCUCUUACCUUUCACUGCAUAUGGGAGGUAAGUUUGGCUCAUAUGAAGUUAAUGGAACUCUAUUCCACCUUGACCUCUGCUAAAUUUGCUGUGUCCAAUCCAUUAGCAGCAGCAGUGAAUGAAUUAAAACCCCGACUGUUGGAGGACUCCUUUAGUAAACAGGAAAUCUUUAUGACGUAGAUAAAAUCAAUCACAUUUACAUUUUCCAUUAUACAUUUUCAAUUUUCAAGACCAACCAACAUAAUUAAGAUCCUUUGACCGUAUAGUUACGCACAUAUGGCUGUUCUAUUCUGCUCCUAAUAAACAACAAGUCAGUGUCUAUCCUUGACCCAGUUUUCUCUGUGCUUAAAGGGAGUCUGAGAUCUAACUCACUCUUUUUUACACUUUAUCACAUGUUGAACAAAUAAGAAAAGGCUUAAAGUUUGACCUGCUGCAUCCUGUUCCUACCAUGGCACAGAACGGACAAACGAUUUAGUGAGUGGAUGCGCCAAAUGCUCCAUCUCAAGGACGUAAAAGGGAGUGAUGAUGUGCAAAGUGGUUUGUAUAAAUGGAUGUUUGUGGUUGUAAAAACUUGAUGAAUGGAGGGUCAUAAUUAUCAGGCAUCACUGGAGCUUUUUGUCCCUGAAGGCCACUGUUGCUUCAUGUGAGGGGUGAGCAUGGGAGGGUUUUUAUCUAGAAUCUGACUUCCAGAUAUUUCUAUACAUUUCCUUUUCUGUGAAUUGUACCUUUUAAAGGGGGUGGCAGUUUAUAACCAAAAAGACCUUCAACUCACUCUAACUGGUUGUUAGUUUCAGUUGGACCCCUAGCUAAAAGUCAGCUAAGGUGUUUCACAGCCAUGAUCUUUACAGCCUGUAUGCUUUUUUCAGUCUUAAAGGGAUAAAUUUAGGGUCAAACACACCAUGACGCGAGUAAGACACCCCCUCGAGAGAUGAUUGUUGCUGACCACUUGCUUCUCUAGUUAUACCAACUUUAGUAACGACCGCACGAUAGCAAUACACAGCGGUCUGAGGAGCCAUGAACAAACCUCAAACAAAACGCCACUCUAUAGCCACAAAUAAUGCUCAGAACAGCACCUAACUUCAUCAACAGUACAUAUAGGGUCCCAGCCACAAUACUAGCCAUCAAACAUCUUUUUCACUUUGCCUAAUUUCUUUAUCAAAGAGACUAAACACAACUCACCUACUCUCUUCCAGCAGCCGCUUGUUUGUAGCAAAACCUCAGGCCAGUCCAUUGCGAACUACAGUGGGGUGACACAGCUCAAGGAAGAAGAUUUAUGAUCAUUUCUUUAUCAUUUCCUUGAAGUAACAAUCACUAUAUUAAUCAUUUUGCACUACAGACGCAGUAGUUCUUUUACCUUAGCGUCUCGGUCUGAUUGCAUUUCCAUGAAGUAAUGAUCAUAAAUGUUCUUCCUUAAGCUGCGUCACCCCGCUGUAGUCUGUAGUGGACUUACCUGAGGUCCCGCUACAAACAAGUGGCUGCUGGAAGAGAGUGGGUAAGUUGUGUUUACUCUCUUUGAUAAAGAAAUUAGGCAAAGCUGACAAGAUGUUUGGUGGCUAGUACUGUGGCUAGGACCCUAUAUGUACUGUUGAUGAAGUUAGGUGCUGUUCUGAGCAUUAUUUGUGGCUAUAGAGUGGCGUUUUGGUUGAGGUUUGUACAUGGAGAAGUAGACCGUUUUGGCCCUAAAUUAAUUUUACACCGGAAUAUCCCUUUAAAUGAUUAUUAACAACGUUGAAACACUAGAAAAAUCUGUUUUCUAACCAAUAGAUGGCAGUAGCUUUAAUACUCUCACGCAGUAGGUUGAAAACUUCCAGCUUUAUUAGCAAAAUAUUAGCCAGGCUAGCUUUUAAGGACGCUUGAAUCACAUCACGUGAUCUUCCUUAGAUGGUUGAUAUGAACUCUUAUCUGGGGUAUGUUUAAGAUUAAAUUCUGCCUAAACUUCAUUAUAUAUUUUGUAGUUUAUGGGACUUUUUAGCCACACCUCUGUAUUUAACCAGGCUGUCGUUUUUACCUGCACACAGAUUAUUUUAUUGCAUUUUCAUAUCACAAGUUUUCCUCGUGGACAAACAGUUAAAUAACCAGCAUCUCUGACUAAAUCUGAGCCUAUGUGACAUCUGAUUUCUGUCGUUUCUGCGCCUUCUCUCUUCAGCCUGUCCAUCAUUUGCUCUCGUCACAAACGCGUAAUUGGCUUUGAGAGGGAGGGAGGGUGGGGGAGUGCGGGGGUAUGAGUCCACGGUGGGUGACAGGACCCGUGUCCGUUAUUUGUUCCAGGACUUGUACCUAUAAAAAGCCUCGGUGGUCGCAGAGCUGCUCAGACUUCUCCUUCGCUCAGGUGCGUCCUACUGACAGAGAUGCGCGUAAUGAUGGAGCGCACAUUCCGGGAGCAGCUCUUCUUUCUGGUGCUGUGUUUGUCUGUUCUCAAAGGAGACUCCAGAUACAUAGAGGUAAGACCAAAAAAAAAACAAAAAAAAAACAAAACGUAUUUGUAUAAAGUUGUUGCUCCUGGAUGUCUUUACCUGAUGAACCGUUUUCCUUUCCUGCAGAACAACGAGAUCUCCAAAGAUGAACUUUAUUCGUUUUUCAACCCGGAACUCAAAAGAGAGACACCUGAAGAAUUACUGUACCGCCGACCUUUACGUAAGUCAUGAAAAGUUUAUAUUGUGCAGCUUACUUUGCGCGCAUAAUUGUGUAUUAGUCUGGCUAAAUGUGCGCAAAAUAAACAUGCUUCAUUAGGUUCAACGCAUGCCUUUUUUGCGCAUAUACUUAUUGUUAUUCCGUGAUUGUGAAGGGAUUAAAUGUAACAUGAGACAGGGAUGUGAACGAUAAAUUCAUUGUGAUGCAGUGAUCAGUCUUCUGGCUUCACUUUGGUCUUGCUUAAACAUGUGAAUAGUUGCAAAAAAGGAGGGAAAAUGUGCAGCAAUUAUUCAAAAAAAGGGGGCAAAAAUGUUGAUUGCAAAUUUGAUUGCACAACACCAUCAGAAUAUAAAUUGUGCAUGCUCUUCUGUCCACUCAAAAUGCAGAUUUAUUCAACAUGUUGCGUGAUUGUCCCCUCAGGUUGUCUGGACAUGGUUGCAGUGGAGGGACAGUUCACCUUCACAGCCGAGCGUCCUCAGCUCAGCUGUGCUGCUUUCUUCAUGGCAGAGCCCAACGAAGUGAUCAGUGUGGAUUAUGACAAUGUCGACAUCGACUGCAGCGGAGGAGACUUCAUCACGGUGAACUGACAAAUUAACGUGUUAAUGUGACUUCCCGUGCACAGUUCCUGGAAGUGGAGCUAAAAUGUAAACUGCCUGUAAAAUCUUGCACAGAAACAGUUUCAGAUGUGUGAAAUGUUUGGUCAUCACUGGGAUUGAAAGUUGGAGCAAAAUGUGAAAUUUUCUGCUUGUUUUUGAAGAAGUGACUGUAGUUUGGUUGUAUGACACCAAUCUGGGGUCAGUUCACCUGUUUGACCGAGCUCUAAUGACUUCCAGAUUAGACAGAAAGCUCCUUUGACGUAGAGCAGUUGAAGGUUAUAACCUACUUACUAGGAGUGACCUUUCCUUUAAAGCCCCUCUCAUGUUUUCAUGCAUCUUAAGACUGUUUCCCACAAACCUAAGGUCCUCCUCUCUGCUUCUCGUUUCCCAUCUGAUGCAGGUGUUUGACGGCUGGGUGAUGAAGGGAGAGAAGUUCCCAAGCUCUCAGGAUCAUCCUCUGCCCGUGUUCGAGCGUUAUGUGGAUUACUGCGACUCAGGAUCGUUGAGGAGAAGCGUGCGAUCAUCUCAGAACGUGGCCAUGGUUUUCUUUCGCAUUCACAACGCGGGCAGCAGCUUCACCCUGACUGUGAGGAAACACAUCAACCCUUUCCGUGAGUGCCAUUCAGAGAUCUGUUUAUGGGGGAGUCCAGCAGCCUGGUAGGGGGUUUGGUUGGUCCAGCAACAGUUGGCUAUCAUGCUGUGUCCAAAUGCAGUAUUUGAUAAUUACUGCUCUUUUGCUCUUUUGUGUGUUUUUACCUGCUUCACGCUCCUCUCACUGUUUCUUCUCCUUCUUGCAGCCUGUAAUGUCAUCUCCCAGUCACCAGAGGGCAGUUACACAAUGGUGAUCCCACAGCAGCACAGGAACUGCAGUUUCUCCAUCAUAUACCCAGUGGAGAUCGACAUCUCCGAGUUCAGCCUGGGACACACACACAACUUUCCAAAGGUGAGAAAACACACAGACAUCUUCCUCCUCUUUUCACCGUCAUAUUUUACCUCACUAUUCUUUGUCUCAUCACACCAGCUUUAAGUAAAUAUGACUAUCUGAAUUUCUAAAUUUGUGCAUUUUUUCACUUUCUUGUUGUGUCUCAGUGUAACUUCAAAACGAUCAGAAUCAGCAGAGAUGAAAACAGGAGGAAAGAUGAUGGUUGUUGUUUAUUAGAUGGUCAGAUAGGUGACAUAUAUUGAAAGGUGAUCUGUUCCUGCAGGGUGUUUAAAAAACAGCUGUUAACUUACAAAUUUAACAUCAGUUGGAAGGCAGAUGACAUUCGUGAACAGCUGGUUUCUGCUGCCUGAACGGAGAUACAUUUGGAGAUAAAUUACAGGAAAGAUUUAGAUGAGAGCAACAUCAGAGGUCAUGAACACAGUGUGGCGGCUGGAUCUACCUUCUGAUGGACAUGAAGCUACUUUGAGUUUUGAUCCUGAAUGUGCCUCAGGUUUUUGACCUUGUGAGGACUCAGAGGGCAGGAGGUCGCACUUGUUAAGAUGUUAGACUUAAACGGGUAAGUUCAGGCUAGACAGAUGGUAGAAUAUUUCACUGGUUGAAACAUGUAAAGGCAGUGAGAUUAGGUGAAAAUUAGACUUAAGACAAGUGACAAAUACUGAGGUUUUGGACUGAAAUGAAACAAGUGUACUCCAAACUCAAAACACACCUAUUCCAAAUUGCAUAUUCACUUUAACUGUCCACUUUCACACUUGUAUGUUGUUUUUAUUUAUUUUAACCAUGUUUCUAACUGUGUUUUUAUGCCUUGUACAGUGUCCUUAAGUGUUCAGAAAGGCGCUUUUAAAUAAAAUGUAUUAUUAUUAUUAAUUUCAUGUAUUAAAGAAAUUCUAUCUUGGUGAAAAGAAAGUCCUGACAGAAAGGUAGAGGCCCGCUGCAACUUGAUUUUAACACCCGUCAUUUCACAAUUUACCUAAAUUUAACCAGGAAAACCUUAUUGAGAUUUAGAUCUGGACUAGAUUAGCAGGAGUACUUUCAGUUUACAUGCAGGGGUGUAUCCAGAGGUGGCCCCCUUUGUAGACUGAUUGGCCACCCCAAAAUCCUAUGUUGUAAAUGAGGACUUUGAUGGACUAGUUCAUCUUAGUGAAUGUGUCUGUGUUUAUUUUACUUUUUUAAGGCCACAUGUGGAAGCGACUGGGCAGACCAACAACCAAUCAGAUUGAUUCAUAGUUUGUUCUUGUUUAAACAGCCACAAUAUGGAUUCAACAGACCUCCUUGUGGUGGGAGCUGGAAGCUGACAUUUUGACUGUUUACCAAAAGGCUGUUAGACUUCUGUAUAAAAAGGCCAAAGCUCUGUGCACUGUUGCAACCGAACAAAUCCACCUCAUUUUCAAAUUAAAGAGUGGUAUAUCUGACGCCAUGGGGAAAGUGUCCAGAAAGAAAGCAGUUUCAAACACAUCUGGAGAUUAACUUUUAUGAAAAGCUUUGGCUCUUUGUUUCUAACUGAGGCAGGUGUUGGAUCGAUACUGAAUUUUAGUAGUUUGUGAGAUAAAUACUGAUAUUUGGUAUGGAUAUGCAUUGACAGGAAAAACAAAAACUUACUGUUAAAAUUAAGAAUUAUAAAGAAUUGAAUAUUAUGAAUUUGAACCAAAGCUAAAACAUUCAAACCCCUUACAGUGACAUAGAAUUAAAGUAAUACUGCCAAUCAGGUGAUGUUGUGGGCAGGACCUUAGGUGAGAUAGUGCUGUAAGAAAACGGACACCCAGCAGAGCCACAGCAGCACACUUUUUAGUUCAUCAGUUUUAUCAGGAACAUACCACUAUCACAAAUAUCAGCUCCAAUAAUCAGCCAGAACUGAUAAUCGGUCUACCCUUGAUCUAAAUGUUUAGCGCCUUAAAUUUUUACUUUAAGCAAAUAUUGUCAUUUGAAGUCCUUAAAGAGUUAUGCCUAAAGGUUUAUGCGCCUGACUUUCUGACUAAUGUUAUAAAUCUGUUGAUUUCUGCAGAGGUCCAUGCCUGGAUGUGCAGAAUCAGGAGACUUUGUGCAGCUGCUGGGAGGAAAUGGCAUUGACACGUCAAAGCUGCUGCCCAUCACAGACCUCUGCAUCUCCUUCACUGGACCCAGUGAGUACUGACUCUCCUCCUAUCUCCUCUUAUUCAUCUGUUAUUCACCUACAACGUUCCAAUGUUUCCUCCCCUGUCCCCUGCAGCCCACAUGAAGAUCGGCUGUGAUAACACUGUGGUGAGGAUGGUAUCCAGCGGGAGGUUUGUCAGCCGAGUGUCUUUCAGCUACAGGCUGCUGGACAGCCAGGAGCUGCAGACCAUCAAACUCAACAAUGUGGAAGAUUUCUGUUUCAAUAACUGAUCCAAACAAGACCAUAAAGUGACAAACGUAUUAUUUAAUUACAGAGUUAUUUUGCUGAAAACACAAGAUCACCUGGUCAGUCCAUCAGGAUAGACAGAAAUGUCUCAAUCCAAAGACAGAAAAGAUCAUCUAUGUACAGUCACAGUGAAAUUAUGAUGUUACAGACUCUAAAACUUUCAUUUAUUGGUCUGAAUGUUUAUUUCUUUCAUCACUUUGACUCAUUGUUUGUUGCCUAAUAAAGCUCAAUGAAGUGUCCUUUGUGUUUGGUGGAGCUGCUGUCAUUGUUUAUGCUAAUGUUUUUUUUUUAAUUUAUUUAUUUAUGGGUCUGUGGUCCACAGUCUUGCAGAGGAAUGGUGCUAAAAUGAAUGUUCAACCUGCUGUUUAAUUUGCUGGAUGAUACGAUGUACUGAGUUAUUUCCACAGACGACAAAGAAGGCUAUCUGUUUGGCGUUCACUACAAACUGUACAAACACACGUGUUCAUUGCCAUUAUGCAGUUGAAUUUGUAUACUACCUUUUUGUAAUAAAAUUAUACUGCAUGACAACGCA